AUGGAUGAGGAGUUAGACAAAUGGGAAGGCUAUGUUGACUGGAGAAACAGACCAGCCUUUAAAGGCCGUCAUGGCGGCAUGCUGGCUGCCUCUUUCGUCUUGGUGGUUGAGAUAUUGGAGAACUUAGCAUACCUGGCCAAUGCAAGCAAACUUGUGCUUUAUCUGUCGAAAUUCAUGCAUUUUUUGCCAUCCAGUUCUGCCGACAUUGUGACCAAUUUCAUGGGAACAGCCUUCCACCUUGCUCUCCUUGGUGGCUUCCUAGCAGAUGCUUUCUUCACCACAUACUGCAUCUAUCUGAUAAGUGCUACAAUCGAAGUUAUGGGUCUGUUAACACUCACAGUGCAAGCUCACAUACCUUCACUGAAUCCAGAAACAUGCAUGUCAGCCAACAGAAACACUCCUUGCCAGGAAGUCAACCAUGGGAACGCAGCAAUGUUGUUUGUAGGACUCUAUGUAGUGGCAUUAGGUGUUGGAGGGAUAAAAGGUUCACUUCCCCCACAUGGAGCAGAGCAAUUUGAUGGGAAUACCCCAAAUGGAAGAAAGCAGAGGUCAACCUUCUUCAAUUACUAUGUGUUCUGCCUCUCCUGUGGAGCACUACUUGCAGUGACUUUUGUGGUUAUGGCUGCUGCAAUUACAACAAAUGUGAUUCUAGGGGUCUCAGUGAUGCUGGGUCUCAGUGAUGCUGUGAGCAUGAGCACUUUCUCAUCUUAUAGAACUGAAAGCAGUGAAGGGGAAGAGGGUCAUGCCAAAGAAAAUGCAGAAAAUCACCCUGUAAGUGGAAACCUUAAGUUCCUUAAUAGAGCAGUGAUCAACAAGCCUGCCCACCCACUUCUUGAUUGCUCUGUUAGCCAAGUAGAAGAUGUGAAGACAGUACUUAAGAUCCUUCCGAUCUUCAUGUCUACCAUUAUGCUCAACUGCUGCCUUGCUCAGCUAUCCACUUUUUCUGUCCAACAAGCAGCCACCACGAACACUAAAAUUGGCUCCUUAACAGUUCCACCAGCUUCUCUUCCUGUAUUUCCUGUUCUGUUCAUUAUGAUACUCGCACCAGUCUACAACCAUAUCAUCAUCCCAUUCACCCGAAAGGUAACACGAACCAAAAUGGGUAUCACCCACUUACAGCGAAUUGGAGUAGGGCUUGUUCUAUCCGUUGUGGCCAUGGUUGUUGCAGCUCUAGUGAAAAUGAAGAGAAAGAGAGUGGCAGCCCAGUCAGGCCUAAUGAAUUCCACCAAACCACUGCCCAUCACAUUCCUUUGGGUGGCUUUGCAAUACGUGUUCCUUGGAUCAGCUGAUCUUUUCAGUUUGGCUGGCAUGAUGGAAUUCUUCUUCACAGAGGCCCCUUUCACCAUGAGAUCUUUGGCCACAGCUCUCUCCUGGGCCUCGUUGGCCAUGGGGUACUAUCUCAGCUCAGUGCUCGUAUCAAUGGUCAACAGAAUCACUGGUACCUUUAGGCAUACCCCAUGGCUCUAUGACGACAACUUGAAUCACUGUCACCUUGNUCAAUGGUCAACAGAAUCACUGGUACCUUUAGGCAUACCCCAUGGCUCUAUGACGGCAACUUGA